AGCGUCAUCACGCCGCGGUCGGGACGUUCGAGCCCCAGAGUAGAACCAGCCGGUGACUGAGCGCUGUCUUGGUUGUCUUGUAGCUGCCUUGGGCCACCGGUAACGAAUCCCGGGAGCGAGCGGUCGGAACAUUGAAAAAGCAGUCUGGCUCCCGAGGUCUACUCCCUACACCCCAAGGUCCAGAUGGCGGCCAACGUGGGUGAUCAGCGUGCUGCAGACUGGUCUUCUCAGUACAGCAUGGUGACUGGGGCCAGCAGAGAGAAUGGCAUGGAGACUCCUAUGCACGAGAACCCAGAGUGGGAGAAGGCCCGCCAAGCCCUGGCCAGCAUCAGCAAAGCAGGGGCUGCCAGCAGUUCCAAAGCCAGCAGCAGUGGGCCUGUGGCCAGUGCACAAUAUGUCUCUCAGGCAGAAGCCUCAGCUUUGCAGCAGCAGCAGCAACAGUACUACCAGUGGUACCAGCAGUACAACUAUGCCUAUCCGUACAGCUACUACUACCCCAUGAGCAUGUACCAGAGCUAUGGCUCCCCCUCCCAGUAUGGGAUGGCCAGCUCCUACGGCUCAGCUACAGCCCAGCAGCCAUCGGCUCCCCAGCACCAAGGGACUCUGAACCAGCCUCCAGUCCCUGGCAUGGAUGAGAGUAUGGCCUACCAGGCUUCCCCUCAGCAGCUACCUGCAGCCCAGCCCCCUCAGCCCUCAAACCCACAACAUGGGACACAUAGUUUAAGCAACGGCCCUCAGCCUGGAACAGCCCCGACCGCUCAGCACAGUCAGGCAGGGGCUCCUCCUACAGGGCAGGCAUAUGGGCCACACAGCUACAAUGAGCCUGCCAAACCUAAGAAGGGUCAGCAGUUAUGGACCCGCAUGAAACCAGCUCCUGGUACUGGAGGGCUAAAAUUUAACAUCCAGAAGCGGCCCUUUGCAGUCACCAACCAGAGCUUCAGCUCCAAUUCAGAGGGUCAACACAGCAGCUUUGGUCCCCAGCCCAACUCCGAAAAAGCGCAGAACCACAGUGGGCCUUCUGGCCGGGGAAACCUGUCUGGGAAGCCGGAUGAUUGGCCUCAGGAUAUGAAGGAAUAUGUGGAACGGUGCUUUACCGCCUGCGAGUCAGAAGAGGACAAGGACCGAACAGAGAAACUUCUCAAGGAGGUGCUACAGGCCCGGCUCCAGGAUGGCUCUGCCUACACCAUCGACUGGAGCCGAGAGCCUCUGCCUGGGCUGACCAGGGAGCCUGUGGCUGAGAGCCCCAAGAAGAAGCGGUGGGAGGCCCCUAGCAGCCUUCACCCUUCCAGGGGGGCAGGCUCGGUGACCAGGGGCGGGGGUGCCCAAUCCCAGCGAGGGACACCUGGGGCUGGGGUUGCUGGCCGAGCUCGGGGUAGCAGCUUCACCAAGUUCGGCAACCGCAACGUCUUCAUGAAGGAUAACAGCUCUUCCUCCAGCACCGAUUCGCGCUCCCGCUCCUCGUCCAGGUCUCCUACCCGACACUUUCGGAGAAGUGACUCCCACUCAGACUCUGACAGCUCCUACUCAGGGAAUGAGUGCCACCCUGUAGGCCGCAGGAACCCACCCCACAAGGGUCGGGGUGGUCGUGGGGCCCACAUGGAUCGAGGUCGAGGCAGAGCGCAGCGUGGAAAGAGACAUGACCUAGGUCCCACCAAACGCAGCCGCAAGAAGAUGGCAGCACUGGAGUGUGAGGAUCCAGAGCGUGAGCUUAAGAAGCAAAAGAGGGCAGCCCGCUUCCAACAUGGGCAUUCACGUCGCCUGCGCCUUGAACCUUUGGUGCUACAGAUGAGUAACCUGGAAAGUAGUGGAGCUGACCCUGACUGGCAGGAGCUGCAGAUUGUGGGUACCUGUCCUGACAUUACAAAGCACUAUCUGCGGCUCACCUGCGCCCCAGACCCAUCAACUGUGCGACCUGUGGCUGUUUUGAAGAAGUCUCUGUGCAUGGUCAAGUCCCACUGGAAGGAGAAGCAGGACUACGCCUUUGCCUGUGAGCAGAUGAAGUCCAUUCGGCAGGACCUGACAGUGCAAGGCAUCCGGACGGAGUUCACUGUGGAGGUGUAUGAGACCCAUGCCCGCAUUGCCUUGGAGAAGGGUGACCAUGAAGAAUUCAACCAGUGUCAGACACAGCUUAAGUCACUGUAUGCGGAAAACUUAGCAGGCAACGUGGGUGAAUUUACAGCGUACCGAAUCCUCUACUACAUCUUCACCAAGAACUCUGGAGACAUCACUACGGAACUGGCAUAUCUCACGAGGGAGAUGAAGGCAGAUCCCUGCGUGUCCCAUGCACUGGCACUGAGGGCAGCCUGGGCCCUCGGCAACUACCACCGCUUCUUCAGGCUCUAUUGCCAUGCACCUUGCAUGUCUGGCUACCUUGUGGACAAGUUUGCAGACCGGGAGCGCAAGGCCGCCCUCAAGGCCAUGAUCAAAACGUAUGUGGCACUGCACUCUGCUGCCUUCUGUGCUGUGGCUCUGCCAUGUCCCCUCCACAUCCUGGUCAGCCUUCAGCUCCCCCGCUGGAGUCCCCUCCCAGUCCCCUGUUCAUACCCCUGGCCCUCACUGCUUUCCUCCUCGGCCACCUUCAGUUCCAGGUUGUCUCCCACUGUUCUGACCUCACUGCUCCUGGUCUCCUGUCCUUUCCUUCCUUCCCUGCACUCCUUUUCUGUUUAAGUCAGUUUGGAACCUGGCUCAUCUUCCCCGUUUUCAGGGCCUUUGCCUGCAGCUAUGUGCUGCUCAUGUUGCUGACAUUAGAAAGGGUGACAGGGCUCACAUUGCUAGCAGUCUCUCGAGAUAAGACCUUGUGCCCGUUCCAUUUUUGACUAUCAGAGUUCUGUCUUGGAUUGGGGAGCUGCGGCACAGAGGGUGGUGUUGCAAGGACCCUGGCUAUCAGACCGCAUGAGGCUUGCUGUGUGAGCAAGAGAUUCCCAACACCACCACAACCCUUUGCUUGUGGAUGCUGUUGCUGCCAUCUAGUGGUAGUGAGUAUAGACCAGGGAUGCUGUGCAACAAAAGGCUCCACAGCAGUGCCUGCUGCCAGUCCUGUCUGGAUUGAAAAACCCUGGUCAAGAGCCUUGAAUGUCAGGCUAGGCACCAGUGCUUUGUCAUUAGUGGUUCCAUUACACUGGGAGUUGCAACCUAUGGGUCAAGAAACGUGUUCUAGAAUUUUGUAAGUCAGUCCAACUCAAGGGAGGAAGGGCUGUGACUCCAGAUUUGACUAGCUGAAAUUCUGAAUGGACAUCAGGCUACUGUGCCUUUUGUAAUCCAGUAAGCCACCUCAUGGGCAGCUUUCAAGCUCUGGCCUGUGUGGCCCUCAUUCUCACAGCACCCUUCCUAUGAAUUUAGCACCGCAGACAAAUCCCUCAGAUAGCAGACUUGUUCCUGCCAUAGCCUGAGGCAGACAAGGGAACCCAUAGGAUGCCUGUGUUCCUGAUACUUGGUGAGGCUUUCUAAGUGGUUAAAGGGUUUUGGUGGCCAUCAGGAGAGGGUCCUCAGAAUUAGCAGGACAUGAACACUAUAGGGCAUCUUAGUAGCAACCAGAAGGCACUGCUGAGUGUAACACUCUGUGCAAACAUCCUGGGGGGGAGGGGCACCAUUGUCCCUACCCUCUGAGUCCAUGUACCACUUACUCUGUCUGGCUCCAGCUCCUCAGUCGCAGAGGAGCCAAGCUGGGCCCUUUCCCUCCUGCCCCCUCCUUCCUGAACAGGUAAGUGUGGGCAAGGGGGGGCACACCUGGGCACUGGGGCUACCAACCCCAUCCCUUGCCCCCCCAAGCCCCUGAAAAUGGGGAGGUUGGGAGGGGCUGCAGAAGCCAGCAGGUUCCUUGCUGAGGAAAAUGCAAGCCCAGGUGGGGAGCCUUGCUCCCUGCUCUCGGGCCUUCCCUUGUCUGCUUGCCUCAUCAUUUUCUCCUCUUGUCUCCAUAGCUUCCGCCCUGCGCUGCCCGUCUCCUACCUGCAGGCCGAGUUGGCCUUCGAGGGCGAGGCCGCCUGCCGGGCCUUCCUAGAGCCCUUGGGCCUGUCCUACACGGGCCCGGACAACUCCAGCGUGGACUGCCGCCUCAGCCUGGCGCAGCUGCCAGCCUUCUGAGCACCCAUCGAGCAUGGGCGGGGGCAGGGCUGUGGCCCAGCGCCGCCUUUUCAAAUUUUGUUUUUGAGCCAUGGACAUGGGUUGUAAAAAUUUGUGGGGAGUAGGCUCCAGGAAGAGCCAGCAUCCCUACCCCCGUUUCCCACCGGGGACCUGUACAGAGAUUUUUCUACGUUUUUAUUUUUUGUCUCAGAGGGGAUAAUUGGGAGUAUAGAGUGGAGCAGGGUGGGGUGGGGGCUACAGGUUCUGUGUCCACCUCUCACCUCCACUAAUGCUGUCUCAGUGUUUUUUCUCUCUCUCUCUCGAGCUCGUACUCCAGCACCUGACUCUGCGUGCUGGCCCAUCCCAUGCUGGGGGGCCAGCAGAAAGAAGACAGGCUGUCCAGCCCGCACCCGCCUGCAGCGGGGCACCAGCCAGCCACACCCAUUGCCUCGUCUGCCUCGUCAUAGACUCUUGCUGCCCAGCCAUUGGGGCCUCAGUGUUUGGGGUGAGGGAAGCCACUUAAAGACUAUGCCCCACCUUCAGCUCCUCACCCCAGAAAUGCCAGCCAGCACCACCGACACAACCAGACCAGCGCCACACCGCACUGAGGACUCCAAGGCCUUCGCGGGACCAUGCCGGCCGGGCUGUCUCGUCUUAUUCAAGUUGUAUUAAGUUGUCUCCGUGUCCCUUCCCCCCUCUGCCCCAAUGUUUCUUCUGAUUUUUUUUUUCUUUCCCUCCCUCCUCUUCCUCUUCCCUUCCUACUCCCUGGUUCAACACAGGUAAAAUGGUUACCCUCCCUUCUUUCCUCCCCUCUGCCUUCAUGGAUCACCAGCUCACGUCAUGUUUCCUUCUCUUUUCUCUGUGUGUGUGUUUAAGUUACUUUUCUUCCUUCUCCCCUUUUCUUUUUACCCCCCUCCCUUCUGCCAUGUAACUGGAGGAUGUGCUAUGAGGUUGCAAACAGCUGGACUGUCAGGCUGCUUUUUUUCCAGAUGCCUCCCUGCCUCCCCUCCCUACCUCUCCCUUCCCCUUCCUUCAUUCUCCUUGAGCAUUGAGUACAGUACAUUUUGGAAGCUUGAAACCAAAAUUAAAGAGAGAGAGAGCGAGAA